AUGAAUGAACAUCAUAUGGCCCGUAUCUUUGGCGAUAUUUGCUUGGCAAUGCAUCACAUUCAUUCAAAAGGAAUUGUUCAUCGAGACGUGAGGAGUGAUAACAUCCUUUUGACUUCCGAUGGAAAAGCAAAGUUGACGGAUUUCACACAUGCAACCAGCUUAUCAUUAAAUGAAAAGCGUAGUAGCGUUGUUGGAACGGCUUAUUGGAUGGCGCCAGAAGUGAUCAAAGCUGAACCGUACGAUCAAAAGGCUGAUAUUUGGAGUCUUGGAGCGGUAUUGUAUGAAUUGGCAGAAGGUAUUCCACCUCGUGUUGAAUUUCCUGCUUUACGUGCUAUCACGCUUACCGUUCAACUUGGUUUGCCGGCUCUUCAAGAUCCGCAGAAGUACUCUAGAGCUCUCAAAGAAUGUUUGGCCUGGUGUUCAGAAUUGCAACCGGAAAAUAGGCCAUCUGCUGAUAUGAUCCUAGAGGGCGAAUUCGUUGCUUGUGCUUCAUCA